AUGCCGGUUUUCAAAACCCCAUUCAACGGUUAUUCCGUCAAGUUCAGUCCAUUCUACGAAAAUCGCAUCGCCGUCGCCACCGCCCAAAACUUCGGCAUCCUCGGCAACGGCCGUCUUCACGUCCUCGAACUCUCCUCAAAUCCCACUCUCCCAAUCACCGAACUCAUCGCCUACGACACCGCCGAUGGGGUCUACGACGUCACCUGGUCUGAAUCUCACGAUUCCGUCGUAGUCGCCGCCGUAGCUGAUGGCUCCGUUAAACUCUACGACCUCGCUCUUCCCCCAACUUCAAACCCUAUCCGCUCCUUUCACGAACACACCCGCGAAGUUCACUCCGCUGAUUACAAUCCCGUCCGCCGUGACUCCUUCCUCUCCGCCUCAUGGGAUGAUACUGUCAAGCUAUGGACCGUCGAUCGUCCUACCUCCGUUCGCACGUUUAAAGAACACGCUUACUGUGUUUACUCCGCCGUUUGGAACCCUCGCCACGCCGAUGUUUUUGCGUCUGCUUCCGGUGAUUGUACUCUCCGAAUCUGGGACGUUCGUGAGCCAGGUUCCACCAUGAUCCUCCCCGCACAUGAUCAUGAGAUUCUUUCAUGUGAUUGGAAUAAGUAUGAUGAAUGUAUUAUUGCCACUGCGUCAGUUGAUAAAUCGAUUAAGGUUUGGGAUGUUAGGAGUUUUAGGGUUCCGAUUUCAGUGCUUAAUGGGCAUGGUUAUGCUGUUAGAAAGGUGAAAUUUUCGCCGCACGUGCGGAAUUUGAUGGUGUCGUGUUCUUAUGAUAUGUCUGUUUGUGUUUGGGAUUUCAUGGUGGAGGAUGCUUUGGUGAGUAGAUAUGAUCAUCAUACCGAGUUUGCGGUUGGGGUUGAUAUGAGUGUUCUUGUUGAAGGGCUUAUUGCUAGUACUGGUUGGGAUGAACUUGCUUAUGUUUGGCAGCAUGGAACUGAUCCUAGGGCAUCUUAA